CAACAUCUUCGGAAAAAAAAACACACCCCUAACUUCCCUUCUUUUUCCACCCGAAGAAUCGACACUACACAAUGGCUAGCUCAGGAUCAGGAGGAACCGCGACCUCGUUGUCUGCGUUCAUCUCCUCGCUUAUUGUCAAUCUUAUCGUUUUUGCUGUUUUCCUCAUCAUCUUUGUGCUGUUGAGAAAGAAACAAGCCAGAGUUUACGAACCAAGAACCACGGUUGAAACCGUUCCAGCCGACUUGGUUCCAGACGAAAACCCUCGUGGUGCCUUUUCAUGGCUUACCCACGUUCUCAAGAAGCCCGAAGCAUUCAUCAUCCAACAAGCUGGUGUUGAUGGAUACUUUUUCAUUCGUUUCUUGUUUGAAUUCUGUGUUGUUUGUUAUGGUGGUGCCAUCAUCACCUGGCCUAUUCUUUUCCCAGUCAAUGCCACCAAUUCCAACCAUCUCACCGAGUUCAACAUGCUUGCGUUUGGUAACGUGAAGCAUAAGUGGAGAUACUUGGCCCAUAUCUUUAUGUCUUGGAUCUUUUUCGGCUUUGUGUUGUUUUUGAUCUACAGAGAAUUGGUUUACUAUACUACUUUCAGACACGUGGUUCAAACCACUCCAUUGUAUGACUCUCUUUUAUCUUCAAGAACCUUGUUGUUGACUGAAGUGCCAGAAAAUGCUUUGGAAGAAGGUGAAUUGAGAACUUAUUUCCCUACUGCCACCAAUGUUUGGUAUGCUCGUGAUUACGCUGAAUUGGAUGAAAAAGUUAAGGAAAGAACCAAGUUGGCUUCCAAAUAUGAGGGGGCCUUGAAUAAGGUUAUCAGUACGGCAGUCAAGACUAGAGCUAAGGCUAUCAAGAAGAAUAAGGAACCUCCUUCACCAGUUGAUGAUAUCAACAAGUACUUGAAGGAUGGUAAGAAGAGACCUACCCAUAGAUUGAAGUUUUUGAUUGGUAAAAAGGUUGAUACUUUGAACUAUGGUGCUGAAAGAUUGGGUGAAUUAAACAAGGAAAUUAAAAAGAAUCAAUUGGAAUGUCAUGCUAACACUCAAAUUCCAUCUGUUUUCAUUGAAUUCCCAACCCAAUUGGAAUUACAAAAGGCUUACCAAGCUAUCCCAUACAACACUGACUUUAAGAAUACCAAGAGACACACUGGUUUAGCUCCAGAUGACGUUAUUUGGGAAAACUUAUCCUUGACCACCAACAAGAGAAGAAUUAAGAAGAUUAUUGCCAAUGUUGUUUUGACUCUUAUGAUUAUCUUUUGGGCCAUCCCAGUUGCUGUAGUUGGUGCCAUUUCCAACAUUAACUUCCUUAUCUCCAAGGUUCAUUUCUUGAGUUUUAUCAACAACUUGCCUUCCUUCUUGUUGGGUCUUAUCACUGGUCUUUUGCCAGUUGUUGCUUUGGCCAUCUUGAUGUCCUUGGUGCCACCUUUUAUUAGAAAGAUGGGUAAGGUUGCUGGUUGUAUCACUGUUCAACAAGUUGAAUCCUUCUGUCAAGCCUGGUACUAUGCUUUCCAAGUUGUCCAUGUCUUUUUGGUUGUUACCCUUGCUUCUUCUGCCACCUCUGUCGUUACUGCUGUUAUUGAUGAACCUUCCAGUGCCUUGAAGUUGUUGGCUGAAAAGAUUCCUCCAGCAUCUAACUUUUACAUUGCUUACUUGUGUUUGCAAGGUUUGGCUGUUUCUUCAGGUUUAUUGGUUCAAAUUGUUGGUUUGAUUUUAUCUCAAUUUUUGGGUAAGAUUUUGGAUUCUACUCCAAGAGCCAAGUGGACCAGAUGGAACACUUUGGGUCAACCAGCCUGGUCUACCGUUUACCCAGCUUACCAAUUGCUUGUUGUUAUUGCCUUGUGUUAUGCCGUCAUUGCCCCAUUAGUUUUGGGAUUCACUGCCGUUGCAUUCACCUUGAUUUACUUUGCCUACGUUUACACCUUGACUUAUGUCUUGCAACCAAACAAGACCGAUGCUCGUGGUAGAAACUACCCAAGUGCCUUGUUCCAAAUGUUUGUUGGUUUAUACUUGGCUGAAGUUUGUCUUCUUGCCAUGUUUGUUUUCACCAAGAAUUGGGUCUGUGUUGCCUUGGAAGCUGUCAUUCUUGCUGUUACCAUUGGUUGUCACGUCUACUACAAGAGAAUCUUUUUGCCAUUAUUUGACAUUGUUCCAAUUUCUGCCCUCAAGUAUGCUUCCGGUGACAACACCUUCCAAUAUCCUAGCCAUGACCAAGGAUUGAAGGAAAUCAAGUCUGAAGGUGAAAACUACUGGCAAGGAGGAAACCAAUUGGGAUUGACUGGAGACCAUGCUGACCAAGUAUUGCCACACCUUGACAACUCUGCUGCCUCUGGCCCAGCCGCCUCUACAUUGGACAACCACUCUACUGAUUCUAGAAAGCCAAUCAAUGACAAGUCUAGCGAUGAAAAGUUGGCUGAACCUACUUAUGAAACCAAGGCUUCUACUACUACUGCUGGUGAAUCCCAAGAAAAGGUUAAGCCAGUUGGAUGGAUUUCUAGAUUCUUCCAUCCAAAGACUGAAUCCUUUGACUUGUUGAGAAAGGUUAUGCCUCAAGUUUUGUUCAAUUACAUUGAAUACAAUGAUGACUUCAUCAAGACUGCCUACGAAGAUCCUGCUGUUAACGACGAUGAACCUCACAUUUGGAUUCCUAGAGAUGAACUCGGAUUAUCCGAAAUCCAAAAGAAUUUGGCCUUGGAACAAGGGGUUGACGUCUCUGAUGGUAAUGCCAUCUUUAACGAAAAGAAUUCUAUUGAAUACACUGGUCCUCCACCAUCUUAUGAAGAAGCAUUAAAGAUUUAAAGUUAGAGGAUCCUUUGACUUUUUUUUUCAAUUCCCUUCUGUGUUUUUUUAUCAAUUUACUACUAUAGGGUGCAAACGCCUUCACUUUUGAUGACAAUAAUUAAUUAAUUUAUAAAUGUUUUAUUAUUAAAAGAGAUUUGUAGAAAUUAUAGUAGAGAAUAUUAGGGUUGUAUGAGCUGAUUAGUAUACUAAUUCUCAAAUUUAUACUAAAUAAAAGCUCCCC